AUGGAUUUCUCAGACGGCAAGAUCCCCUCUCUCGAGCAGCACCCCGACAUCGUCAUCAACGGCAAUGGCCCUGGCCACCUCCAGCGCAACAAGACCGAGCGCCGCCGCCUCCAGGGGCUCCAGCGCACCAACACCACCACCUCCCAAGGCGUGACGCCCUAUGUGCCCCGCACGCUGACGGAGAAGUAUAACCACUGGAUGAUCAACGAAGGUGGUCGCCGCCUCUUCUUCUUUGGCUUUUUGCUCUUGCAUGCCCUGGUCAUUGCUCUCGGGUUCGUGCACUAUCGGCUCAAGGACAACUUGGUCGGCUCCAAUUCGACAUUCGGCAUCACCUUCCCGAUCGCCCGUACGGCUGCACUCAUGUUGCACGUCGAUGUCGCCUUCAUCCUCCUCCCGGUUUGCCGCAACUUCAUCUCGAUGCUCCGCCGCACGUCCUUGAACCAGGUCAUUCCGUUCGACAAGAACAUCACGUUCCACAAGGCCGUCGCGUGGUCCAUCGUCAUCUUCUCCAUCGUCCACAUUGUCGCCCAUAUGGUCAACUUCACCGAGCUCGCCAUGAUCGACCCCGACGCGACGACGACCGGCAAGAAGGUCAUUGCGUUCAUCUCCGCCAACUUUGUCACUGGCCCCGGUGCGACCGGCUGGAUUAUGACCGCCGCGCUCGGUAUCAUGGUCUGGUUCGCGAUCGAGAAGCGUCGCCGUGCCCACUUUGAGUGGUUCUGGUACUCGCACCAUCUCUUCAUCGUCUUCUUCAUCAACUGGCAGCUCCACGGUAUGUUCUGCAUGAUCAAGCCCGACCGUCCGCCCUAUUGUUCGUACAACACUAUCGGCGUUUUCUGGCGCUACUGGCUUGUCGGCGGUGUCAUCUGGAUUUACGAGCGUAUCCUUCGUGAGGUCCGCUCCCGUCACCGCACCUACAUCUCCAAGGUCAUUCAGCACCCCUCGAACGUCAUGGAAAUCCAGAUCAAGAAGGAGAAGACGACCACUCGUGCCGGCCAGUACAUCUUCUUGUGCUGCCCUGAGAUCUCCUACUUCCAGUGGCACCCCUUCACCCUUACCAGUGCCCCUGAAGAGGACUAUAUUUCCGUCCACAUCCGCGUCGCCGGCGACUUUACCACUGCCUUCGCGAAGGCUGUCGGCUGCGACUUCGGCAGGAAUGAGAAGGGCGAGAAGAGCGAUGCCGGAGGCAAGGUUGUCGGCACCUCUACGAACCCGCCCAUCAACCGCGUCCUCCCCCGCGUCAUGGUCGACGGCCCCUUCGGCUCCGCGUCCGAGGACUUCCUCAACUACGAGACCGUGCUCCUCGUCGGCGCCGGUAUCGGCGUCACGCCGUUCGCGUCGAUCCUCAAGUCGAUCUGGUACCGCAUGAACAACUUCAACUCGUCGAAGCCGACGCGGCUCUCCAAGGUGUACUUCACGUGGGUCAUCCGCGACUUCGGCUCCGCCGAGUGGUUCCACUCGCUGCUGCACGCGAUCGAGGAGCAGGAUACGCAGAACCGGAUCGAGAUCAACAUCUACCUGACCGCGAAGAUCAAGGAGGAGGACAUGAACAACAUCAUCGUCCAGGACGUCGGCGCGGAGAAGGACGCGAUCACCUCCCUGCGGGCCCCGACGCACUUCGGGCGCCCGAACUGGGACCGCGUAUUCAGCUCGAUCGCGGAGAAGCACCCGGAGACGGACGUCGGCGUGUUCUUCUGCGGGCCGUCGGUGCUUUCGCGGCAGCUGCACACCAUGAGCAACAAGUACUCGUCGCCCAAGGGCACCAAGUUCUUCUUCGGAAAGGAGAACUUUUAG